AACUCCCACGCUGCUGCUGUCAGUCUGACUAUUUUAACUUUUCUUUCAUCCAAAGUUGCGCUCAGGCCCGAGUCUGCAGCGUGCAUGGCUUCAUGAGAGUUUCAUGGACUUGUAACUUGGAGAAGUUUCUUUAUUGGAGCUCGUCGCGUGUGUAGUUACUGUGGAUUACUGACUGACACUGCGGGACUUUUGGCAGCUCGUUUUAUUGGGGUUUAUCAGCGACUCCAGCGCAGAGGUCUGAGCCGAGAUGGGGAGCAAAGCCCUGCACGCCCCGAUCCCUCUGCACCCAGCCCUGCAGCUCACCAACUACUCCUUCCUGCAGGCCGUCAACACUUUCCCUGCUGACCAGCUGCAGGGACUUUACGGCCUCAGCGCGGUGCAAACCAUGCAUAUGAACCACUGGACACUCGGUUACCCGCACAUCCAAGGACUCAGGUCGACAAUAACAGAAAUGGCUGCCGCUCAAGGCUUGAUGGACCCCAGGAUCCCCUUCCCAGCCUUGCCCUUUACCGCCGCGGCGCAGCUCUUCCACCCCAAACAGGGCGCGAUGACGCACGGAGUCCCGGUGCUGCACAAGGACAGACCGCGGUUUGACUUCGCCAAUCUGGCCCUGGCCGCCACGCAAGAGGACCCACCGAAAGCUGCGGACCUGGCCAAACUGGCAUCGGGGCUGGGGGGGACUAUCUCCGAGCUGAGCAAGCUAUCUCCGGACAGAAAACCCACCCGAGGCAGACUCCCGUCCAAGACGAAAAAGGAAUUUAUUUGCAAGUUCUGCGGCAGGCAUUUCACGAAGUCAUACAACCUGCUGAUCCACGAGAGGACCCACACGGACGAGCGGCCGUACACCUGCGACAUUUGCCACAAAGCCUUCAGGAGACAGGACCACCUCAGAGACCACAGAUACAUCCACUCCAAGGAAAAACCCUUCAAAUGUCAAGAGUGUGGCAAGGGUUUCUGUCAGUCCCGAACUCUCGCCGUCCAUAAAACUUUACACAUGCAGGAGUCUCCCCACAAAUGCCCCACAUGCGGAAGAACCUUUAAUCAAAGAAGUAACCUGAAAACUCACCUUCUCACCCAUACAGACAUCAAGCCCUACAGCUGUGGCCGCUGCGGAAAGGUGUUUCGGCGCAACUGUGACUUGCGACGGCACAGUUUGACGCACAGCCCUCACCGGGACUUCUAAACCUGCAUGGACAGACUUACAAAUAAAACAAUAAGGACAAAGAGAUUGAAACAAAAAUAAAGCAAUUAAAACACACAGUUUGCUUGGAGGACAUUCUGAGGAUUGUGUUGCGCAGCGGGGCUUUUUUUUCUACCAAAUGUAAAUAACACGCACUGUAAAUAACUGUUCUUGUUUUUGAAAGGUUGCCACAGCCAUAAAUAUUAAGUGUGUUAAAUUGUAUUGUAGAAAAUAAAUGUUUCCAUGGUAAACGACUCUGCAUUUGAAUUUAAUUGUUUUUACAUGACUUCAAGACACGAAGGCCCUCGAGCAGUGUUUAGCAAGUUUAUUAGUCAAUAUGUUUACAGCCUCAGGUGCGCUGUGUGCCCAUUAGUCUUCCUCUUUUUGUUUGCUCUUUGCUUGUUUUCUGUCUGAAACUAUUGGUUAUUAAUUAUAAUAAUUGUGGCAGUUUACUUGGUAAGCGUCUUAUCUGU